UAUUUUCUGGUUUUGUUGUUAUUCUGAUGGAGGAGAAAGUAGUUCAAUUGCUUUUUUUCUGGUACUGCAACAGCUUUCAAAAUCAUAACUGGGUGACAGGAAAUUUGAGAUGAGUUUCCAUAGGAGGAACUAACUUCCAAUUUGCUACAACUGCGUCCCCACUCACCUGAGGUUGGGAAGAAGCAAGGGCGGGGUUUCCCCAGUCAGGCUGCUCCCCGGCCCAGCAGGAAUGCAGUUAAUGAGCAGCUUCUUUCCCUUCAUUCCUCACUUUGCCACCACUUGCCUGGAGAGAGGGAAACUACUGGCUCUGGUCUUCCCACCUCCACAGAACCUGAAUCCUACAAACAACCAAAAUUCCACCCUCACCAACAAGCCUACAGAAAACCAGGCAAUCCUCUUCUCCCAGUUCUUCUUCACACAAGCCUGCAAGUUCUGCCCCCCCCCCCCGCCCUUUGCCUUAGGGCCCCCACUAAACCCCAAGGCUUCUUUGCUUGCUGUGGCAUUUCUUACAGUAACAUCUCGUGCCUGCAAACCUCAUCACCUCAGCUUCACAGCUAAAAACUAGAAAGUAAACAAAAAAAAAAAAAAAAAGCCUCUAAAUAGCCAAAAGAAUGGUCAUAAACUCUGGAGACUAAAGUUCUCCAGCCAUUGUUUUAAAUUUUUAGAACAUUUCUAAGAAGCCCUGUUAACUGGUGGCCCCAGCCUAUUCACAGGCAACACUUGGAAACAACAAAAAGAUCUCUAAUAAGUAGGCUUAAGCACUUCACAAACACAGCUUUUAGUUUAGAGGUAGCAAGUUACAAACACCCCUCAAAAGCCCCUAAGGCACAAGGUAUAAACUUGACUAUGGUAGUUCUAGCCAUGAAACCAUGACUGACGGUCAGGGUUCUUGCUCUGCAGAUAAGCGAGAGGUCAAAUACACUCAAGCCUGCCUGCCUUGUGACAGAGGAGUCACGGCUGAAUUGGACCCAAAUCUCCGUGUCCAAAAACCCUGUUUACCUCCGGUUCUGAGUGUUCUCUUAAAAUAAUGAUGGAAGAUGUACUUCUUAGAGAACCUCAAUAUACCAAACUAGUGAAUGGAUAAAGAAGAUAUGGUGUAUAUAUACACAAUGGAAUAUUACUCCGCGAUCAAAAAGAAUGAAAUCUUGCCAUUUUAGCAACAACGUGGAUGGAACAAGAAUGUAUUGUGCUAAGCAAAAUUAUUCAGUCAGAGAAAGGCAAAUGUAUGCUUUCACUCAAAUGUGGAAUUUAAAAAACAAAACAGAUGAACAUAUGGUAAAGGAAGGAAAAAUAAGAUAAAAACAGAGGGAGGCAAACCAAGAGACUCUUAAAUACGGAGAACAAACUGAGGGUUGCUGGAGGGGCGUUGGGUUGAGGGGAGGAUGGGCUAAAUGGGUGAUGGGCAUUGAGGAGGGCACUUGUUAGGAUGAGCCCUGGGUGUUAUAUGUACGUGAUGAAUCGAUAAAUUCUACUCCUGAAACCAUUAUUACACUAUAUGCUAACUUGUAUAUAUUAAAAAAAAAGAUAACGGAGGCUGUACUUCUUAGAGAACCUCAAUAUACCUAAAAUAUAAAUGUCUAGGUGCUUCCAUAAAUUGAAAAAAUCACAAAUGAGGAAAAAUGGCAAACGCGGUGCUCGCAAACGGAGUAAGCCCCUGAAAACAAAUUUCCUCAAGAGGAGCGUUGGGUCUAGGGUCACUGGCGCUCGGAGGUCCAGCGGGGAGCCCGGCUCCGCCCAGCUGGCAGGGUGAGAAACGUACAGUCAUUGGUCAGGUCCCUCGCACGCCGCCACGAGGCCCCGCCUCCUCCAAGGAAAGUCUACGGGACACACGCGCGCGCAGGCGGCCUCCCCGCCUUAGCCCACCGGAUGAAGUCUGUUUUAGAACCGCUCUCCACACAGCCCCCACCUGCAGACUUCCGGCCGGCUGGUCGAUGCCGCCCCGCCCCUGAGGGCAGGGAUGUUGGGAACCACCAAUCACGGAGCGCAUGUGCUCAGGUCUAAUCUGACUCGUGCACCUGCUGGCUGGAACAUGGAAGAUUUAGAGGAAGAUGUAAAGUUCAUAGCGGAUGAGACCUUGGACUUUGGAGGGCUGUCACCAUCUGACAGUCGUGAGGAGGAAGACAUAGCAGUGUCGGUGACUCCAGAGAAACCGCUCCGAAGAGGACUCUCCAAUCGAAGUAAUCCAAAUGCAGUGGCCCCAGCCCCCCAGGGGCUGAGGCUCAGCUUGGGUCCCCUUAGUCCAGAGAAGCUGGAGGAGAUUCUCCACGAGGCCAACCGGCUGGCAGUUCAGCUGGAGCAGUGUGCCCUGCAGGAGCAGGAGAGCACGGGCGAGGGCCUGGGGCCUCGCAGGGUGAAGCCCAGCCCCCGGCGGGAGACCUUUGUGCUGAAGGACAGUCCUGUCCGAGACCUGCUGCCCACUGUGAGUUCUUUGACUCGGAGCACCCCCUCCCCAAACGGCCUGACACCCCGACUCCGGAGCGGCGAGAAGAAGGGGUCAGUCAGGGUUCUCCGGGCAGCAUCUGGAAAGAGGCCCUCCAGUGUGAAAAGGGAGUCACCCACUUGCAAUCUGUUGCCUACAUCCAAAAGCCCAGCAUCUUCUCCUCUCGCCCGAUCUACUCCUCCAGUCCGGGGCAAAGCUGGGCCCAGUGGGAGAGCAACAGCAAGUGAGGAGACUUGGGCAGCAAAACUGUGGGCCUGCCAGCCGAAUGCCACUCACCAGCCGGAGUGUACCACCCAGCAAAGGUGCCCUGCCUCCAGCUUCUCUGCCACCUCGGAAAGGACUUCCACGACCAAGUGCUGUAGGGCACAGAGUUCCUGUUUCCCAGCGGCCAAAUCUUCCCAUCACUGCUGCCAGUCGCAGCAACCUGCAGCCCCCCAGGAAAGUGGCGGUCUCAGGACCCACCAGGUAAAGAGAUCAGGUCAGCAAGCAAAAAUUCAGGAGCAAACCACUACAGUCACUGCCUGGACUCACCUCUACUCGACCUCCCAAGCCCUCUCAUGGAAGGCAGGCCCUGACUCCAGAAGAUUCUGGCCCAGGAGCAGGAGGAAAAGAUCCCACCAGGGCUGGUGCCCCAGGAGUGAAGAGAUGGGAGAUGGGGUGGAUUAGGGUUGAGCUGGAGGGGAAUCAAACUCUGUGGGUUGAAAGAGGAUUAGGAAAAAGAGGUCACCUCCCAACAGUGAAAUUAACAAGCAGAAAAUGAGAAAUGCAGGAGAGUGGUUUGUCCUCUUCCACCCCCCACUCUUGUGUUCAGUCCCAGAGAGUUUGAUCUUCUUCCCAGGCUUUGGCUCACUGGACAUUUACAUGUGAAUGGCCUCUGUAGCUAACCUCCCUGCUCUCUGAGGAACAGUCCUGAAUCACAUCCUCUACUGGAUGCAGGCCUGUUUGGAGAGGCAGAGGCAGGCACCUGGUCUCUAGAACUUAUUUCCUGUGAAUUCUGUGACUCUUAAGAGGCCAGUUUAUGAUAAGCUUACAUCGAUCUGCAUUUUUCUAAAAUAAAAUGAAUGUAUUUUUAUAAUC